AUGGCCGAGUAUUCCACCCUCAAGGUUCCGGAGCUCAAGAAGCUUCUGGCCGACAAGAAACUCCCCCAGACUGGCAACAAGGCCGACUUGAUCGCCCGCCUGCAGGACGACGACGUCAAAAACGCCAAAUCCCCAGGGGCUGCCGCGCCCAGUAAGCACCCUUUUCCUGGCCAAGCUUUCCGCGCCUUGGUCUCGUUGAGGCGCGCCGCCUUUGCCUGCCUCUGCAGCGCCCAGCUAAUCCCUUCGCCACCAGCUCUCGCCCAGCUAGACAAAGAGGACGAGAUCGACUAUACUGACGACGAGGACAUCACUCCGCUGCCUGCAACUACUCCUGCCACCGCGCCCAAGCCCGUCGAGGUCAAACAGUCCGAGCCGCAGGACAAGAAGCAGCAGGUGCCCGCUGCCGUGCCCGCCGCCCAGGAGUCUGUCGCCCAAGGUGAGGAGCCCAAGGACGAGACGGCCCCUGUUGAGUCGGCGCAAUCCUUCGCCAUGGGUCUUUCCAAGACUGCCGCCGAUGCUGAGGCCAAGAAACGCGCCGACCGGGCCAAGCGCUUUGGCAUCGACGAGGACGAGGACGCAAAAAGGCGCGCCGAACGCGCCAAGCGCUUCGGCAUCGACGAAAACGAGCUUGCUUCGGGCCUUGACUCUGCCCUACCCGAAAAAUCGCUCAAGCGCGGCCGUGGUCGUGGGGGAGAGGACGAUACGCGCGCCGGCAAGCGCCAGAAUGUCGACCGGCGUGGCGACCGACAAGGACGCAACGGGCGCAACGCACGCGCCCCUCGACAGGCCGGCAACAAAGGCCCGCCCAAGAGGACCGGCCUCAUGGACGAUCCCUCGGAGAGAGCCAAGGCGGAGAAACGAGCGGCCAGGUUUGCCACGGCCUAG